UGCUACAAUGCAGAACAGACAAGGCUGAUCUAAAACAGUACUUCCCGAUACAAUUCCUUUUGCACAUAAGAAGAAAAGAAGCAGGAGAAACUCAUUCCUGUAUAAAGUUGUCACAUCUCUUCAAAACUAACUGUCCCAGGCCACCUCUACCACAGCCUUUUCAGUUUUAAAUCAGCUUCACAACAUAGCAUGGCUGGUAAUGAAACAAAGCUGCAAAAUCCUCUGUGUUGCUGGUACUGUCGGUUUGCUCUUGCACACAAAGGAGCUAACACAUGUACUUUCUAAUCUCUGACCCUCAUAAAUUGGCAAAUACCAAACAAUGCAGAACCAGAGUUAAAUAAAACACAUACCUUGAAAUGCUCUCUUUUGUCCUAACCUUUAAUUCAUUCAACACUGUUGCAGCCCAGCACUGCUUUACACUCCUUUGCCACUUAUUUUGAUGCUUGAAGGCAAGACCAACUGGGAGAAUCAAAUCUGUAAUGUUAACUCCCCAAGUGCUGUCUGAAAGACUGCAUGCAAAUUCUUCCCUACAUAUUCACUGCUUUCACAGCUCUUACUCCUAAGGAGGGGGAAUUCCCAAUCAGUCAUGCACAUCUAAGAACACAAGUGUUGAUUCUACUUCUCUGAAUUCAGAAUGGUGAGAAAAGGACCUGGCCUCUUCACAGCACUUGCACACAUUGACAGCAUCUCACUAUAAACAUCCCUUCCCAAGAAGGUAGGAUACCUUUUUUCUGGCAGAGAGAGGAGUGUUGACUGAUGGUGGGUCUUUUCUGUAUUAUUCCAUGUGGCCAGGCUCCUUUUGGCUCUGCUUUCCCAAAUGAGAAGGAACAUAGGGAGAGUGUUGCGAAGCAAAUGCUCUAUUGUAUCCUCACAAAGCUUCACAAGCACUGCCUUCUGCCUCAGCUGUGAAACAUAUCACAGGAUCUCUAUGCUCAGAGGCGUUUCUGACAUGUCCUGCUUCACCUAACAGAAUGGCUUCAUGUCCCAAAGGAAAAGUCACUCAAGGACUACCUGAUAUUUCUCAGGAAUAAAGACACAAAAGUCAUGUCUGGGAGGCCAACGAGAAACAAAACCCCAACAGUGCGCAACCAAACUCAGAAACAAAUGUCAUCCACCUUUUCUAUUUUAAGCGUAGUUGCAAAGAUGAAAGAAUGAAUGUCCUGUUGGCAAUGCUGGAUCAUUACCAAAGGCCAAUGGCAACCAAAUUAGAGGGUGAAUCUUGCAUUGAGGAAAAACAUUUUCUCAUGGUAAGUAGCACACACUGGGGCAGACUGCCUAGAAAAAUUGAGGAUUUCCCAUUCAGGAAAGGGCUGUAGCUGACCUAAUUUACCUGUGGGCCUGCUCCAGGCAUGCACUGGACUAUAAACCAGCUUCUGUCUUUUUUCUGUCAACAUCCAUUCUACCUUAGCACCUCAGUUUCUCAUCCUCUCUGGCACCUGUGCAGCUUGACUUACAGGGGCACUUAGCUUGCUUGCUUGCUCUCAGCUUAUUUCUUUAGGAUUUGGAAUCUCUCUAGCUUGGCCUUUCCCUCCGAUCAAUCAUUCAGUGGACUUUUCUUCUACCCUGAAUUUUUUUAAUAACCUUUCUCAUUGUACUAACGUCACCACUUGUUUAAUUUCUGACAUUUCUUCACUGCCUUGCAUAACACUGAUUUCUAUGACUUUUCAGAAGACUUGACCCACACUGUUCCUGUAAUCAGACUUACAGCAAAAUGCUUGGCAAACCAUAGUUUCCUUCCCUCCCUCUUCUUUCCUUCCCUAUCCCUUAGACUCUUACAGAUGUUGCCACUACCUUCCCCUUCUCCUACCCACCCAAGAGCAGCCCUGCUGUUUUCUGGGACAGCAGAGUGACAACUAUCGUAUUUAUCCCUGCUGUAUUUUUUUCACUCCUUCCUUGCUCAAGUUCUGCCAGUGGGGCUGCUUCAGUUCUUGCCUUCCUCCAUGGCAUACAAGUACUGUGCACUCAGUAUUUUGCAGUUUUUCUCUGAAGUGUUUCCCAGCUAUUCCCAGCAAUUAGAUUCUUUCACCAACACAAGAAGCAAGGUGUUCAGCCUUACAUCUUCAAUGGCUUUGCCUCUGCCUGUGCUCCCAAUGAUCUUCACUCUGAAGCUUGACUCUCAGAGCCUAAUUCAGUCUGUAAGCUCUUGACAUUUUACGCCGAUGCAUCUUAUUCAUAGAAUCAUAGAAUGGCUUGGGUUAGAAGGAACCUCAAAGAUCAUCUAUUUCCAAGCCUCCUGCCAACGACUAAAUCAGGCAUUAGAUCAGGCUACCCAGGGUCCCAUCCAACCUGGCCCUGAACAUCUCCAGGGAUGGGGCAUCAUAGCUUCUCUGGGCAGCCUGUUCCAGCAUCUCACCACCUUCUCAGUGAAAACUUUCCCCAACAUCUAAUCUAAGUCUACCUUCUUUUAGUUUAAAACCAUUCCCCCUCGUACUAUCACUAUCUACCCAUGCAAAAAGUUGAUUUCCCUCCUUAUUUAUAAGCUUCUUUUAGGUACUUGAAGGCUGCUAUCAGGUCUCCCCUGAUCCUUCACUUCUUCAGACUGAGGAAUCCCAGCUUCUGCAGCCAAUCUUCAUAGAAGAGGUCUUCCAGUUCUCUAAUCUUCACGACCCUGCUCUGGACUCGUUCCAAAAGGUCCACAUAUUUCCAGUGCUAGGGCCUCAUGCCUGGACACAGCACUUCAGAUGGGGCCUCAUGAGGGCAGAAUAUAGGGGGACAAUCACCUCCGUCUCCCUCCUGGCCACCCUUCUUUUGAUGCAGCCCAGGAUACUGUUGGCUUUUCAGGCUGCAAGAGCACACUGCUGGCUCCUGUUAAGUUCUUCAUCUGCCAGGAUCCUUAAGUCCUUCUCAGUAGGGCUACUCUCAAUGAGUUCUUAUCCUAGUACGAAUACACAUCUGGGAUUGCUUCAGUACAAGUGCAACACCUAACACUUGGCCUUUGUGAACCUCCUUAUGUUCACAUGGACCCAAUCCUCAAGACUGUCCAGGUCUCUAUUAAAAAACAAAGAGUCAUGGCUUCACAAGGCUGGAAAGUUGGACCAGUCCUACAAUACCUGCUUAAAUUCAGAAACCAAAACCAUGCAUUCUGGUUCAUCUAGUAAUCAUUUUACUAUAUUUAUUUACUUUAAACAACAGGCCAGUUGUCUUCACAACACCAGAAGAUCAUUGAAAUGAACGAGUGAAUUGUUUUGCUGUCCUCCUAGUGACAAUUGUGGUGUAACAGUUAAAAUGAGAUUAUGAUCCACUUUGUUCCUUUGAAAUGCCUAAAACAAAAAUGUAACAAGAUGAACAAGGAACUACAACGUAACAAGAUCAAUAAGGAAGACAAAACUGUAUGAGAUGGUUUUGGGAUUCAUUAGAGAGAAGCUUUGAGUAGGCGGGAACAGAGUUGACAUCGGAGAGAAGGAAAGGGAAGUGCAAACUACUAUAUUUCUAAAUUUAUUCACUGCUUAACACGCAGACACAAAACCUGACAGGACAAGACUCAGGUCUUCUCUCUCACGGGAUCACAGUCUCUCUAUCAGAAAACACCAUAAGAAGGUACUACUGAACAGGCUGUAGCAAUGGAACAGGUUUCAGCAUCAAUUGGCAACUUUACAGUUGAUCUUUUCAACAAGCUGAAUGAGACCAGUAGGGACAAAAACAUUUUCUUUUCCCCUUGGAGUAUAUCAUCUGCUCUCGCCCUGACAUACCUGGCUGCAAAAGGCAAUACAGCAAGAGAGAUGGCAAAGGUUCUUCAUUUCGCUAAAGGUGUGGAAGCUGAAAGCUCUUCUGUGGCCAGACCUUCUCGGGGGAGACCAAAAAGAAGAAGAAUGGACCCUGAGCAUGAGCAAGCUGAAAACAUCCACUCUGGAUUCAAAGAGCUCCUGACAGCCUUCAACAAACCCAGAAACACCUACUCACUGAGAAGUGCCAACCGUAUCUAUGUGGAAAAAACCUAUCCAUUGCUGCCUACAUAUAUGCAGCUCAGUAAGAAAUACUAUAAAGCAGAGCCACACAAGGUUAACUUUAAGACAGCACCAGAACAAACCAGAAAGGAAAUCAACACCUGGGUGGAAAAACAAACAGACAGUAAAAUCAAGAAUUUGCUGAGUUCGGAUGAUGUGAAAAGCAUGACCAGGUUGAUUUUGGUCAAUGCCAUUUACUUCAAGGCAGAAUGGGAAGUGAAAUUUCAGGCAGGACACACAUCUAUGCAACCCUUCCGCCUGAGCAAGAAUAAGUCCAAGCUCGUGAAGAUGAUGUACAUGAAAAAUACAUUUCCAGUUCUUAUCGUGGAAAAAAUGAACUUCAAAAUGAUCGAACUUCCAUAUGUGAAACGUGAACUCAGUAUGUUCAUCCUACUUCCUGACGACAUCAAAGAUGGCACUACUGGUCUUGAGCAGCUGGAAAGAGAACUCACCUUUGAGAAGCUGUUGGAAUGGGCUGAUUCAAAGAAGAUGACAGAAACUCUUGUGGAUCUGCACCUGCCUAAGUUCUCUCUGGAGGACAGAUAUGACCUCCGUGAUACUCUGAAGAACAUGGGCAUGACAAGUGCCUUCAGCCUCAACGCUGAUUUCAGCGGGAUGACUGAUAAGAGGGAUUUGUCUAUUUCCAAAGUCAUUCAUCAGUCUUUUGUUGCAGUUGAUGAGAAAGGCACUGAGGCAGCUGCUGCUACAGCUGUAAUUACAACACUCACAAGUACAGCUAUCAACUAUGCUCUGACAUUUAAGGCUGAUCACCCUUUCCACUUCUUCAUCAGACAUAACAAAUCCAAAACAAUCCUGUUUUUUGGCAGACUCUGCUGCCCAGUAGAAUGAAUUAUUCCUCACUCCCAAAGUUCAUUUUUCAAAGGAAAAACAUGAACUGUAGUGUUAAAAGCUCAGCCUUCAACCAUAUAGCCAUAAGUACUAGAAGUAUAUGUCUUUUUUCUUAAGUAAGGCAGCACCCAGACACCACCAUGUGCCUCAAAGACUGUCUCUCUAUUGCUUCUUUCCAUUACGUUAAUGAAAUUGCCUUUCAUGGAAAGCAAAUGCUUGAUGUAUAAUUGCUAACCUCUGUUCACCUUGCAUUUUGUCCUUAUUUCUCUGAAUGCUCAAGGCUGAGGUUGAUAAGCAUCCCAACCAGCAAUAAGACCAAGAAAACUACAGCAACAUCCCUUAUUGCUACCUCUUAUUGAAAUGCGAUCUAAACAAUUCAAAUCUGCUUUCCAUUUUCAAUUUAAUGUAAUUGUAUCUGUUUCCUGGCCAACAUCUGCACAGUCUCCUUGCUACCUGGAUCACUGAUAAAUGUAUGAUUUGUAACUUACGAGUGCCUUUCAGCUAA